AUGGGAAGGGGGAAGAUUGUGAUCCGGAGGAUCGAUAACUCGACAAGCAGGCAAGUGACUUUCUCUAAGAGAAGAAAUGGGCUGUUGAAGAAGGCCAAGGAGCUGGCUGUUCUCUGUGAUGCAGAAGUUGGAGUUGUCAUCUUCUCAAGCACUAGCAAGCUCUAUGAAUAUGCAAACACCAGCAUGAAAUCCGUCUUGGAACGUUACAGCAAAGCGAAAGAAGAGCGCCAUCAACUCCUUAGUCCACUAUCGGAGGUCAAGUUUUGGCAAAGGGAGGCAACAAUCCUCCGGCAACAAUUACACAACUUGCAGGAAAUUCACAGGCAAUUGAUGGGAGAAGAACUGUAUGGCCUGAGCGUUAAAGACCUACAAGGUCUAGAGAACCAACUUGAAAUGAGUUUAAGGGGCAUCCGUAUGAAAAAGGAACAAAUACUGACUGAUGAGAUUCGGGAACUACAUCGUAAGGGCUGCCUCAUUCAUCAAGAAAACGCGGAACUUUAUAAGAAGGUAAACUUCCAUCAACAAGAAAUUAUCUCAUUGCAUAAGAAGGCUUAUAGCACGAGUAAUUCCAAUGCCACACAUGGGAAUACCAUAACUCCAUAUGGAUUUGCAAUUACUGAGGAGCAACAUGCUCCAAUCCAUCUCCAACUUAGCCAGCCUGAGUCACAGAACUUCGUGACGUCAGAGGGAACCUCAGAAUCAAGGUAAUUAAACAAAGGCAGUAAAUUCUCAUCGUAUCACGAGUCAAGACCCAAAG